AUGUCGUCGGACGCCAUCAUCGAGGGCCUGAAACAAGGUAACACUGUCGAGCUGGACGUGCUUCAGAACAUGAAGGAAGGGCUCAACAGUGUUGUCGACAAAAUGAUCAGCGAGUGUUUGAGCCGCAACGAUGGCCUUAGUGAGCUGACGGAGAAGCUGUCACUGGAAGGUUCGAGCGAAGCAGCAACAGAUUUCACGACAGAAGACGAAACCAAGCUCGCGAAAACCAUCGAAGACGCCAUCCAGACCUGCGAGAGACAUAUCGACCACGAAACCACAAGGAAGCGUCUGACACUCCACCGAACGGCCCAAGCAUUCAAAGCUCAGCAGGGAGUUCUGGACUUCCUGCUUACCCAUGCUAGGGUUCACGAUGACGCGUGUGACCAGAGGGCAACUCUUCACAACAAUCUGACAGACAUGGUGGACGGCUCACCACACGAGGCUCUCAUCGCGAGAGAGUGUGGUUUCCUCGACAAGGUUUUCACUUUCCACAGACACGCAGCGAGAGAACUCAGAGAGAGGAAAGCACGUACUUAUGAACAGAUCGAGCGUGAUCAUGAGUGGAUACUGUCUAAUUUGCAGUUGGAAAUGGCGGCUCUUUCCCGCAUUGCUGAUGCUGCGAAAAUCGAUCUUGCAACCGUACGCGACGACGAUGAGGUCGACGGACAAUCACUUCACGAAGCCUAG